GUGGCGUCGGGUGACGGUCCUUAUAAGCGCGAGCCGAAGGGGCGCGAGGAGAGAGAAGUAAGUGGAAGUUUUUUGCGGGGUUAAAAAUGCCGCUCGAAAUCUACCUGGAUCUGAUCUCCCAGCCAUGCCGCUCUGUCUAUAUUUUCGCGAAGAAGAACAACAUCACGUUUGAAUUUAAGAAGAUCCUGCUGUUUAAAGGGGAACAAUACAGUGAAGAAUUCGGGAAGUUUAAUUUUUUCAGGAAGCCACUAGGUGCAGGUGUGAACGUGUUCGAGGUCAGGCCGAAACUGAGUGCCUGGAAGGACCGAGUUCGGGCAGAGAUCGGGCCAGCUCUGUUUGACGAAGCCCACCAGAUGAUCUUUAACGCAGAGGAGAUGUCAAAGACCAUCGACCCCAGUGCGAAGGAAAUAUUCAAGCCCAAGAUCAAAAAGAUGUUCCUUUGAGUCCAUUGCUAGGUUCUUGUACAGUCUGCUGUAUACUGCUUUAUCUCUCACAACCAAAUACCAUUUGUGUUUAUGCAUUAACCUGCAAUGGUGCCAAAAUUUGAUUUGAUUACCCCUAUACUGUCUUAUAUAUUAUUUACUCCAUAAAUACUUUUUCUGUAUUUGGCAUUAUAAGAGAUCAGACGGACAUAAAACCCCUGUUUUUUGGUCAUAAGGCUUUGAAGGGAUAGCAAGGUUAGGUUAAGAGAUGCCAUUUUGGGUGGUAAUUUCAAGGGCAUGGAGUAUAACUGCAGUUUUGACUUUCAUCCUAAAAAUCUAUUUGUCAUCUUGCUUUUGUUUAAAAUGAUCAACCAUCAGGUAGUUUGUAUUUGCAUGUAGUCCUUUGGCAUUUAGUUACAUGGGAGUUUGUCAUUUUAAAAGAUCAUCUUUAAUGGGGAAAUACAUGUAAGUCACAGCAUUCACACCAAGAUUUCAUGGAAUUUUUCUGGCCGAAAGAAGGGGUCAGAGCAGAUUAAAUUUCACCCAGAUAUUUCCUGUGUUCACAAUGCUUUAAGUACUGUGAUAUGUGCAACUUUUCCACUUAAUGAAGGAAAAAGAAUUUGCAGCUGUUGAAUAAUAGUAACAUAAUUGCUUUUAUGAAGCCAUUCUGUAUUUUUUUCUGAUACUAUGUAAUUUCUAAUAAACAAGCGGCAUUUCUUAACAGGUA